UGAAACUAACCACCAACGUCUGCUUUCAACUCCUCUAUACUGGGAACUUGGCUGUUAAUGGAAUUUGAGUACGGACCUCACAUAAUUACAGACAGCUGAGGGCAAUGACCAACAUGUUUCGUGAUACUGGAACUGAAGAUUCAGUUGUUUUGGUAGAGUCUGAGGAGAGGCACGAUGAACUUCAAACUGAGCUCAGAGCAGUGAGAGCAAUGAAACCUCCAGCUUAUGUUCCAAUGCAGGCGAGGACCUAUGAUGGGCCCUCUGGACAGCCUGGGGGAUCUGUAUUGGUUCAGCACACAAGUGUGAACAUCGUCACUGAGCCUCCAAAGGACCAUUUUAUCUGGUCCCUCCUCUGCUUUCUCUACUCACACCCUUGUUGUUGUCUUGGACUUGCAGCUCUCAUUUAUUCUAUCAAGGCCAGAGACCGGAAGGUGGCUGGAGAUCUGGAGGGUGCACGACGGCAUGGGCUCACUGCCCGUGAGCUUAACAUCACCGCCACCGUCCUGUUUGUCAUUGGAUUUGUGAUUUUAAUCUUAAUUAAGGUUCUGUGACUGCAAAUCUAUCUGAUUAUGCUCACAGAGAACCGUACUAUUAUCAUUUAUACCGAGAUUAAGUUAGUUGCUUCUUUGACUUGUUAUUAAGCCUCAAAUUCUGUAAAGAAAAACACAGCUUCAGACCCAUUGUUUAAUUUCAGAAAUAGGGAUGUGUUCUAAUAGUUCAUUUUGCUUAGUCUCUCAGUUAGGAACUGUGGCAGUCAUUAUAAAAGCUGCUCCGAUUAUCCAAAUACUAAGGAAAGGUGCUUCGGUGCUUCCUUUGUUGCUUCCGUUAGCACUGGAGCAUCCUUUAUAAAAAAGGGAGGGGAAAAAGGCAUCCCAUAAUUCAUUGCAACAGACCAUUUGGCCAUUCAUGAAAACAAUGAAUAUAAUAAACAAAGUUGCGCAGAUCAUGUAAAUGUGGUCGGCCACCAGUGGUUCUCCAAGUGAUCCUGUCUCCAAAUCUUAGAGAAAAUUGUUUAUUCCCUAUUGAUGGAUUUUUUUAAAAUGAGAAUGGUAUCUUAGAUGUGUCCCAAAAAGGUUUUAAAAACCUCCAUAGCACUAAGUCACCACUCUUAUAGAUUUGACUAUGUUUGGUUCUAUCGGACCACUAUUGAUUUGGGACCCCUGGCAGAGUAUUUUAAACCUGUUGUUACUAACCUGGGUUUUAAGAUGGACAGUAAUUUUAAAUUGAAACCUCAAAUUAGGGCUACUGUCAAGUACAGUUUUUAUCAUUUAAGGCGCUUUAUCCAGGCCGGAUUUUGAAACAGUAAUCCAUGCUUUUAUUUCAUCUCGUUUAGAUUACUCUAAUGCACUGUAUUUUGGAGUUAGUUUCUUCUCUCUCAUCUGCAGGUGGUUCAAAGCCUGUUGCACUACUUUUAAACAGUCUUGCCCCACCUUGCCUCUCUGAGCUUCUUCGUCCUUAAUCACCCCCUGGGUCUCCUAAUCUCUGGAGCAAUCUGCCACAGCACAUUAGAGAGGCCCCUUCAUUGUGCUCUUUUAAAACACGUCUUAAAACCAAUUUUUACUUGUUGGCGUAUGACACAGUAUCACCCUGAUUUUGUUGUUUUAGUGUAAUCUAAUGUGCUGAUUUUAUUGUCUUGAAUGCAGUUCUAAUUAUCAUUUUAUACUAUUUUAUUUUUGCUAUUUGUGCUGAUUUUAUUAUUUUAAAAUUAAUUCUAACCAUCAUUUUACAUGUGACUUCUUGCUUAUCUUUAUUCAUUGUAUCGUUUUUGGCAUAUCAAAUGUACAUCACUUUGUUUUUAGCUGGGAAUUGUGAUAUAUUAAUAAAUU